AUGUUGGUUCUCUUCGAGACGCCGGCGGGCUACGCCUUGUUCAAGAUGACUAACGAGUCCAUCCUCAAGGACGCGGACGGCAUCUACGACGAGUUCUCCACCCCCGAGAAGGCGGCGGAAUCCGUCAAGCUGAAGGCGUUCAUGACUUUCGCAGACACGGCGGACGCCGUCGCGGCAUCUACGGAGAUGAUCGACAGCAAGAUGGGCAAGAGCCUCAAGAAGUUUCUGACGAAAAACAUCGUCAAGAAGGAGCUCAAGGAUAAGCUCGCGGUGUCGGACUCGAAGCUCGCGAACGCCAUCAAGGACAAGCUGUCCAUCAAGUGCGUCAACGACUCGGGCGUCAUGGAGCUCAUGCGAGGGAUCAGGGGCCAGCUGGACGGACUGCUUACCUCCGUCGGCGACGACAACCUCAAGGCGAUGCGCCUGGGUCUCAGCCACUCGCUCUCCCGGUACAAGCUCAAGUUCUCGGCGGACAAGGUGGACACGAUGAUCGUGCAGGCGAUUGGACUCCUCGACGAGCUGGACAAGGAGAUCAACACCUACGCCAUGCGCGUCAAGGAGUGGUUCGGAUGGCACUUCCCGGAAAUGGCGAAGAUCAUCAAUGACAACAUGAUGUACGCCAAGGUGGUGGUGAGAAUGGGGGUCCGGACGGAGUGCAAGAACUGCGACUUCAGCGACAUCAUGGAGGACGAGGACAUGGUGAAGGACUUGAAGGAGGCCGCGGAAGUUAGCAUGGGUACGGAGAUCACCAUGAUCGACAUCGUCAGCAUCAAGUCGUUGGCGGAUCAGGUGGUAGCGCUGUCGGAAUACCGGUUGCAGCUCUCGGAGUACCUCCGAAGCCGUAUGCAGGCCAUCGCGCCGAAUCUGACCAUCAUGGUCGGCGAGCUUGUCGGAGCGAGGCUCAUCGCGCACGCGGGGUCGUUGAUCAACCUCGCCAAGCAGCCCGCGUCCACGGUGCAGAUCCUCGGGGCCGAGAAGGCUCUCUUCCGCGCGCUCAAGACGAAGCACGACACGCCCAAGUACGGGCUGAUCUACCACGCUAGCUUGAUCGGACAGGCGGCCCCCAAGAACAAGGGAAAGAUCUCGAGGGUGCUCGCGGCCAAGUGCGCGCUGGCCAUCCGCGUGGACGCUCUCGCGGACGAGACGGACACGACCAUCGGGAUCGAGAGCCGUUCCAAGGUGGAGAUGCGACUCCGGCAGCUUGAAGGAGGGGCGCGAUUGUUGGAGGCGGCGCCGAAGACGCCUACGCAGGUAAAGAAGUACGACUCGAAGGCGGCGGUGGCGGGAACACCCAAGACCUUCAGCACCGGGGAGGACAUGGUGGAAGUCAAGGAGGAAGGUUCCGAGAAGAAGAAAAAGAAGAAGGAUAAGAGCGCGAAGAAGGCCAAGAAGGCGGCGGCGUCAGAGGACACCAACGGUAACGCCGCGUCGUCGACGGUAAAGGAGGAGGGGGACUUGGAAACGCCAAAGAAGAAGAAGAAGAAGCGGAAAUCCGUGGGAGGCGAUGUUGACGAGGCAGGGGACAGUGGCGAGGCAUCAGCAGCAGCAGCGGCGCCAUCCUCGAAAAAGAAGAAAAAGAGGAAAUCUGUCGGCGGGGACGUGGGCGCCGAGGUGGACGGGGACGGGGGCGAGGGAUCGGAGAAGAAGAGGAAGAAGAAGAAGAAGAAGGAAGAGGCAUAGACAGAGAGGGGUUGCAUUUCACGAAUUUGCUUUGAACCCAGCUCCUUUCGAUGUACCAUAGGAAACACCUGAAGAAGUGUGCAUUAUUCCUAGGAAGUGAGGUCGAUAGAUUUAGCUUCUUGUGCUAUCUUGGCACUGCGUGAAUUUUCGGCGUUGGGUGAUGAUGCAGCAACAGGGUUUCCGUAAUGGUGCUUGGUUGUCUGGUACGUGUCCUGCUGUGCUUCACUAAACGUCUCCUUUG